GAGCUCGCCAGGAAACUUCAGCCAGCGGGGGAGGCGUGUUACCGUGUGUCGCGCUAGCAGCGAGGCGCUGACAGCGGGGGAGCCCGGCGCGGAGCCGGGUCGCUGCCGAUCUGGCGGGAGGCUGCCGGCUUUGGUCCCGUAUGUGCGAGCGGCCGCCGAAGAGCCAGCCCGCCCCCGCGCAGCCAGCGGCGCUGGGGGCGCAGCACCGGCCCGGCCGCGGGCUGCGCUGCCCGUAGGGAGGCAGCUGGGCGAGGCGAGCGCGGUGGCCGGGGAAGCUGAGCGGCUGCUCCGGUAACCAAGGAGCCGACCCAGACACCCGCCCGCGCCGCUCCCGUCUCCUCCCGCCGGCCCCGCUCUGCCCAGUGCCUCGCCUCCGCAGCUGCCUGAGGGCACCCCCGCCCCGCCCGGCGCUGGCGAGCCCCAGUUGCCUGAGUUGGCUCCGUCCCUGGGACUUGGGCUUUCGUCUCCCCCUGCGGGGGCCCUGCCCGCUCCCGCCGCCGGAGAGCCCCGCGCCUGCGGGAGAGUGAGCCGGGCCCCCGCCGCGGCAGCUCGGCUCCUGAUGGCGGCGCACCAGCAAACCAGGAUCCAAGCCUACCUGGAGCGGAACAGGAUCGGGCCCCUGUUCGAGGAACUGAUGACCAAGCUGAUAACAGAGACUCCUGACCAGCCAAUCCCAUUUCUCAUUGACUAUCUUCAGUCCAAACAGGGGAACCGGAGUCAGCUUCAGAGAACGUUGUCUGGAUCUGCUGCUCUCUGGGCAGAAAGUGAGACAUCAGAAAACAAAGGAACAAGAAGAGAUUGUAGAAGUUAUGAUAAACCCUGGCAGGUAAAUGCAAAGAAACCUAAAAAGUCAAAGAGUGACCUCGCUGUGUCCAACAUUUCUCCACCAUCACCGGAAUCCAAGUCAUUGCCAAGGUCAGUAGAGCAUCCUAAAUGGGACUGGCGGACAAAACCGGAGAGCCAUGAGUUUGAUGAAUUAAAUCAUAUUCUUCAGGAGAGUAAGAAGCUGGGGAAAGCCCUUGAGAAUCUCUCUCGCAGCAUUGCUAUUUCUGAUGAACUUGAGAAGGACACAACAGGUUUUAAUGCUCCUCUUCUAAGACCUCGUGUGAUUGGAGAAUGGGUUGGUCGCGAGGAGAAUGAUGCUGAUCCAUUGGCUGCGGAGAUGUUGCAACCUCCAGUACCAAGAAGUAAAAAUGAACAAUGGGAUAGUGAGGAUAGCAGCAGCAGUCCUGGAGGAAGUUUAAAGAUGGAGCCGAAGACCAAAGGAUUAAAACAGCAGCAACAGCAACAUAAGAAGCUACUGGCUGCCAUGCUUUCCCAGGACUCUUUUGAUUCUGUUCAAAGCACAGCUCCCUCAGUGACAGAAGAAGAUAUCGACAAUGAGGAUGAUGCAAUGGAACUGCUAGAGGAUCUUGAUGAUUUAAGAAUGGAAGGAGUAACCAGUGUGAUGUCUUCUGGGAGUAAAUUUAACCAAACUCGAAGUGCACAUCCUGCUGAACCUCAGGCAAAGGUCACGUUGAACAUCUGCGCCAGGUGUGCCAGGCUGCAAGGAGGUAACUUGGCAGAAACGGCAGAGGAUGUCUCACUAGUGUCUCAGACGACUGAGCAAGCGGCAUCAGAUUCCAAUGCUUCAGUGCCUGGGGUGGAAACACUGAUGGAGGAUGCUGAUGAAUUUGAGAGUGCAUCUCAAAUAAAAGGACCUUAUCAACCUGUUUGGGACGUGGAUGUCACGUAUGCCAGAAACGGAGGGUCUCCAAGCCAGAAACUCCUGAAAGACUCCUUAGCCGCAAAAGAACUGCAGACCAUGGAAAAACAUCUAGCUGACAUUGAAAAGGACCUAGCACUCUGGGAAGAAGCAAGUACUAGUCCACAUAGUAAUUUACUUACAUCACAUCAUCCAGGAAAUCUUCAAGCCACACUAGGCCAAAAUUCAAGGCCUCAAGUGCCAAGUCAAAUGGGGAAAAAUAUUCAUUUGCAGCUGGAAGGAAACAAAUCACCACCGGUCUCUACUACCAGCAGAGUGCAGGUCUCCAGUAUCUCAAACAGUAGGCCUCAGACUCCCAAUAUGCAGAACAACAGGCCUCCAACGCCGUUGACUCCAGGAAGCAGACCUGCAACCCCAAGUUUGUUGCCACGACCUCUUACCUCUAGCAACCAGGGAAAUAAGGAAGGAAUCCUUAGUAUGCAAAGAAGCAGGUCUUUAACGUCUAAGAGUCAAAUUGGGAGGACCCUCGGCACUCCUUCAGGACUAGCUGUACAAAUGAGCGGAGAUGUUAUAGGAACUGUUCCUCAAAGAAUCAGUUUGUCAGAAGAUGAAUUCUUACAUCAAUUUCAGCUUGCCCACCAACCAUGGAUAUUGCCAAGCGACGCAGAGGGUGAAGGUGUAGAAGCAGAUCAAGAUAAAUGUUUGUGAAAUCAGUGGGAAUGUUGAAGAAUUUAAUUAAAACAAAAUCAUAAUUAUCAAACCUACACCUGAAGAUCUGUUUUAGUUUACAUAUAAUAAUUUUAAAUAGUUAUUUUUAUAAUAUCAACAAUACUUAAAUGGAAUUACUCUGUGUGGAUGCUGUAAUGCACCGAAUCAGAUUACCAACUAUGGCACAGUGUCCUUAGGUAAAGAAGGUUUACUGUCACUUUUGAAUACAUAGUUGGUAUAAUGUAUUUUGUUUAGUUUAUACCCCUGUUAUUUUGGAGUGACAUUUGAUAUAUUAAACUUUGCCUGAUCAAAACAAACUUUGCUUAAAGAUUUAUGUAUUUUAACUUGUCUAAGGUUUUCUACUCCUUAUAUUUUUGUAAUCUUUUCUCAUUUUUAGAUUAAUAAACAUUAAAGCAUUCACCCUCAUCUACCAAUAUGUAUGUACUGUUCAAGUCUCUCAGAGAGCUAGUUGCUCACCAUAGUCACCUGCAAAGAUGGGUAGGUGGGGGAGAAAGAGAAGGGGGUAAAGAAGGGAGGUGUAGCAGAAUCAGGUGUUGCCUGUGUCACGUAGCUUUGUACUGAGUUUAUCUACUUUGUUCUUAAAAAAAUAAACACAGACUCUGUUAAAAUAGAAUACACACAUGAGGAAUGAAACAUGCAUGCUAAAAAUAAAGCACUAAGGGAAUUUCAUGUAGACAAUGAAUUUUAUUUACCCAUAUAAAUUACUGAAACAAAUUAUCUGUUUUAAACAAGUUAAUUGGUGUAAGCUGCUUGUUUGGAAUUUUAAGACAUGUCUGCGCACAGAUAUCAAAUUAAGGGAUGUGAUGAUGACUACAUUUACAGAUCUCAUUUAGCUGUUGAUAAGCAUAUUUGCAGCUUGUUUUCUUUUGUCUUCAGUUACAUUCAAUUGUUUUUGUAUCUUAAAAGACAUAACCGUAUAAUGAAACUGCUUGCAACUGUUACAAAAACAGACUGUAACCACCAUCCAAUUGUUUAAGAAAUAAAAAUGAAUUCCCUCUCC